GAGAACUGCGGCACACAGUAUUAUCUGCAAUUUAUAAAGCUUUCACUCACUCUUCCCCUCUCUCUCUCUCUCUCUCCCAGCAAUGCUACCCUUUCCUCUGCUCCCUUUACCGGAAACCUCAGCAGCGGCGUGAGGAAGAGGACGAAAAGGAUAGGCGAGACCGGACUGGCCGGGCGAGAGCUCUCUGGCCUUCGACGAGGAGCUUUGUAACGUGCAAGGAAGAAGCCUUCACAGUUCAUAGGAAAGAUAAGAUGCAGACAUCUAAAGCCAGAAAUGGGUCAUCAGAAGUUCCUCAAAAGACAUCUCCUAUCACCCCUAAAUCAUCUCGUGGAUCAAAGAAAAUUGCAACUGAGUCUGAUUCAGUCACUUCCAAGCUCACACCAGGAAAGUCCUCAGCUGAAAAAAGUCCUAAGAUCACCGAGCGCCGGUCGCCCAAAAGCCCCAACUUUGAGAAGAAGAGGCUGGUCAGGCAAAGCGACCUAGAACACCAGGUCGCACAACUCCAAGAUGAACUGAAGAAAACAAAGGAUCAGUUGAACUCAUCUGAAUCAUUGAAGAAAAAGGUACAACUGGAAUCUGAAGAGGCCAAGAAACAGCUCAAAGCCAUGGAAGAGAAGCUUGAGGAGACAGAAUGCAAGCUUGUGGAGUUUUCUGCUGCUGAGGAUGAUCGCAUUCAACAACUUCACCAAAUUUCUCAGGAGCGUGAUAAGGCAUGGCAAUCUGAGCUUGAAGCCCUCCAGGAACAGCGUUCAAAUGACUCUGCAGCUCUUGGGUCCGCCAUGAAUGAGAUUCAAAAGCUCAAGCAGCAGCUCGAUAUGGUUUUGAAAUCUGAAACAUCCCAUGUGGAGGAUUUUGAGAGUGAACAAAAUGAAUUAGUUGCCUUGAAAAAAGCUAUGGAGACUGCCCUCUCCACUGUUGAGAACCUUAAAGUUCAGAUUAAUGAGAAAGAGAUGGCAGAGAAAGAGGCAAAGCUGACAGCUUAUGAGACCCAGAAGGAGCUAGAAAUGGCCAAUACCACCAUUGAGAGUCUCCGUAGUGAGGGAUGCAAUCUACAAGAAUACCUAAACUCUGAAACAUCCAAGUUGGAAGAAUCUAGAGUUCGAAUUAAUGCACUUGAGGAAAUGGUGAAAGAACUCCAGUCUUCUGUGGAAGAUGAUGAAAUAGAAAGAGGGAAGCCUCCAUUUGAAGUUGAGUCUGUUGCAUCACAAUCUGAAUUGGAACAAUUGAGGGCUGCGCUCGAAGCAGCUGAGGCUAAGCUUCAGGAGGAACAAAUUCAAACCACAAUGAAGAUCCAAUCUGCAUUUGAGAUGGCUGAGCAUGUGAAGUUUGAUGCAGGGCUAAGGGAAUUGGAACUUGAAUCAACCUUACAGAAAACAAAGGCAGAGCUUUUUGAGUUGAAAGCACGCCUUCUUAGCUUAGAGACAGAACUCCCAGGCAUAUCACAGAUAAAUAAGGAGCUGAAAGAUGAAAUGGAUGAGGCAAAAGCGAGCCAAUUUGAAUCGGAGAUGAGGCUUAUAAAGGCUACUACCGAUGUUACUGAACUGAAAGCAAACAUCUUGGAUAAGGAGACACAGCUGCAAAGCAUCAUGGAAGAGAAUGAACAGAUAAAAUCUGAGCUCAGCAAGAGAGACAUCAAGCAUCAAAAGAAUUACGCUGCAGCUAUCUCGGAUGCAGAGAAAGCAAAAGCUGCAGAACAUGAAGCACUGAUGAGACUGGAAGUUGUAAACGGGGAGGCUGAAAAAAUUAGCAAGAAGGCAACGAAGCUUUCAGAGCAGCUUGAGGCUGCUCAGGCAGUGAAAUCAGAGAUGGAGAUCGAGCUGAAGAGGCUUAGGGUGCAGUCUGAUCAGUGGAGAAAGGCAGCCGAAGCAGCUGCAGCAGUUCUCACUCCAGGAAACAAUGGAAGGAUAGUUGAAAGGACGGGAUCUCUUGAUUCUGACUACAAUUCCCUCUCUGGGAAGCUCAUAAGCUCCCCUUUCUCUGAUGAACUGGAUGAUGAUUCACCUAAGAGGAAGAAUGGCAAUAUGCUGAGGAAGAUUGGAGGAUUGUGGAAGAAGGGCUCCAAGUGAUUUUACCGGUUGUUUAAUUUAGGUGGAACAGCAUAAGUUUUGCAGGGAAGUCGCGUGAGAUUAAUAGCUUUCUGCUCUUUUUCUCUGCAACUCCGGAAGCUGAACGUGGUUCUACUUUUCACAUUAUUGUAUAAAUAUUUUCUACUUUUAAAAAACUCAAAUUGGCUGUGAUCUCAUCUGGGCCUGUAGAGUCCAAGGGCCAGCCAAUUUCAGUGAUCAGAUUUGAGUAUGAUUCCUAUUGUUUGACAAACUACUUAAUGCGCAUCAUGAUGGCUUCAUUGAUAUAAUAGAAGCUUUUAUUUUUGCGUCA